AUCCUGCCAAUCCUGACUCUUGAUGGGAUCAUUGCCUAUGACAUUAUCGAAGGACCAGUCACGAGUGAGCGCUUUGUCCAAUUCCUGCGUGAACAUCUGCCUUUAACUAAUCCAUACCCUGGGCCGCGCAGUGUACUAGUCUUAGACAAUUGUUGCAUUCACCAUAGUGAUGAAGUCUGUCGUCUUGUUGAGGAAGAAGCCUUGUGCAAG